CAAAAAGGCGUCAUUUACUCACCCAACUAUCCAGAAAUGUACCCAGAUGGGCAAUACUGCAUGUGGAGGAUCAUGGUGAAAGUAUCUUUUCAAGUGGCCUUAAUGUUUAAACGCUUCAGUCUACAAUCUGAGAACAACACAGACGCUGUUUAUGUGUACGAUGGCAAUGACCAGACAGGGAAGGUAUUAGGAGUGUUCUAUGGGAGUCAGCCCCCCCCCAGGAAUGGAAUUUAUUCUUCGUCAAACAGUCUCCUCGUAAUAUUCAGAUCAGAUAAGAAUGGUUCUUUCUAUGGGUUCCAAGCCUCUUAUAGCGCUGUUCAGUGUUCUGGAGCCCUUGGAAUGGAGAGUGGCGCGAUUUCUGAUGCCCAGAUAACUGCUUCUUCGCGAAUGAACAACAACAGCACACCAAGACAGGCGAGACUGAACUUCAUUGAACAGGGAAUCAAGCAAGGGGGGUGGUCGUCUCAUAAAAAUGAUCGUAACCAAUGGCUUCAGGUGGAUCUUGGCAGUCACACCACUGUGACAGGUGUGGCGACUCAGGGAAGGAACUCAACAAAAUGGCGGCAGUGGAUUGCAACUUUCACGUUACAGUUUAGUUUUGACGGAGUGAUCUUCCAGUCAUACAAAGAGCCAGGGAAAAUGUCAGCAAAAGUACUUCACGCCAAUCAAGACAGUGAUACAGUUGUGUAUAACAAGUUGAUCUCACCAAUCACAGCUCGUUAUAUCAGACUUUUGCCAGUCACGUGGUACAACCAUAUAUCACUCAGAAUGGAGCUUUAUGGGUGUGGAGGUUGUUCCUCACCACUUGGCAUGGAGAGUCAGGUUAUCUCCGAUGCCCAAAUAACCGCCUCCACCGAAUGGAAUAAUUACAAUUCUGCAAAAUUUGCACGGUUAAACUUGGGCGGCUGGGUUGCCAGAGCAGUUGAUUCUAGACAGUGGCUUCAGGUGGAUCUUGGAACUUACUCAAGCAUAACGAGUGUUGCAACUCAAGGAGUGAAUCUACAAGGCUGGCGAAAAUGCUGGACAGCCAGUUACAAUCUCAAAAUCGUUUUGGUCGGUGUUCAAGGCGAAGGUUCGAGAUAUGCCUCAUCAGCAGUUAGCGCUCUUAAAAGACUGGGGGCUAGUGAUCCUGUUCUUGGAAGCUUUCGGUCUUCUUUUGCAUUUGCUGGUUACGCAGGCACAAGACAACCAUCCUGGAUGUCGAAACAAAAGAUACAGCAGUGGAAAGCGAGAUAUAAUGGGCCCAGUCAAAUAACUCUGAAAAUUCCCCUCUCAUCAAGAGACUAUAAAUGUCAAAACCAAACUUUACAGGGACAAAAAGGCGUCAUUCACUCACCUAACUAUCCCGAAAUAUACCCAGAUGGGCAAUACUGCAUGUGGAGGAUCAUGGUGAAAGCAUCUUUUCAGGUGGCCUUAAUGUUUACACGCUUCAGUCUACAAUCUGAGAACAACACGGACGCUGUUUAUGUGUACGAUGGCAAUGACCAGACAGGGAAGGUAUUAGGAGUGUUCUAUGGGGGUCAGCCUCCCCCCAAGAAUGGAAUUUAUUCUUCGUCAAACAGUCUCCUCGUAAUAUUCAGAUCAGAUAAGAAUGGUUCUUUCUAUGGGUUCCAAGCCUCUUAUAGCGCUGUUAAGUGUUCUGGAGCCCUUGGAAUGGAGAGUGGCGCGAUUUCGGAUGCCCAGAUAACUGCUUCUUCGCGAAUGAACAACAACAGCACACCAAGACAGGCGAGACUGAACUUCAUUGAACAGGGAAUCAAGCAAGGGGGGUGGUCGUCUCUUAAAAAUGAUCGUAACCAAUGGCUUCAGGUGGAUCUUGGCAGUCACACCACUGUGACAGGUGUGGCGACUCAGGGAAGGAACUCAACAAAAUGGCGGCAGUGGAUUGCAACUUUCACGUUACAGUUUAGUUUUGACGGAGUGAUCUUCCAGUCAUACAAAGAGCCAGGGAAAAUGUCAGCAAAAGUACUUCACGCCAAUCAAGACAGUGAUGCAGUUGUGUAUAACAAGUUGAUUUCACCAAUCACAGCUCGUUAUAUCAGACUUUUGCCAGUCACGUGGUACAACCAUAUAUCACUCAGAAUGGAGCUUUAUGGGUGUAGAGGUUGUUCCUCACCACUUGGCAUGGAGAGUCAGGUUAUCUCCGAUGCCCAAAUAACCGCCUCCACCGAAUGGAAUAAUUACAAUUCUGCAAAAUUUGCACGGUUAAACUUGGGCGGCUGGGUUGCCAGAGCAGUUGAUCCUAGACAGUGGCUUCAGGUGGAUCUUGGAACUUACUCAAGCGUAACGAGAGUUGCAACUCAAGGAGUGAACUUACGAGGCCGGCGAAAAUGUUGGACAACCAGUUACAAGCUGCAGUACAGCGACGAUGGAAUAACAUUUCAUUUUUACAAAGAACCUGGAGGAACUCUUCCAAAGGUGCUUAGUGGAAAUCAAAACUUCCACUCAGUUGUGUCAAACAAGUUGAGGCAACCAAUUACAGCUCGUUACAUUCGAUUCAAACCUUUACUCUGGAAUUAUCGAAUUGGAAUGCGAACCGAGAUCCAUGGUUGCCUAGGUGUAUGUAACGAUGAUCGCGUGAUAUGA